CCCGAUUCGCCCCAGAUGACGGUACCCAUAUUGCAACUCUUAUGGUUCGGCAAAUGUUCCUCCAUCGGAACACCCCGUUACGUAAUAAAAGAAAGCUCCUUUCGUGGAUUUUUCGUGCAAUCUGUGCAAAAUUUUACACAGAUCUUUGUUAUCUGGAUUUUGCGUGUAGAAAAAGCACAUUGUGCUUUUUUUUCUCAAACGUACGAAACGCUCUCGAUUUUCCUUCGGAAGAUUUCUGUUCCGUGGCCGUUCCGAACAUGGAUAACGUGGACCAAGUUGUAGGCGGACCGGCGGAGGCUUCGCAACCGAUACCGGUGGUUGAGAAGGAGGCUGAAAAACUUGACGCUGACGAUGAACAACUGCCGGCUUGCGUAAACGAACUGUCCACGGAAAAAGUAUUGCUCGUUAUCACGACAUUGUUCGAGAACGUUGACGGCAAUGUUGGUGUAAUAGUGAAUGAAAAUGAACUCGAACGCGGAACGCUGUUGAAAAUCACCAGGGCUGUAAAGAAAAAGGAUCGUUGCCCGGAAUGGGUCAAAGGAGAAAUUUGUUUGUUUCUGUGCAGUGGGGUGAACAAUUGGGCAAAUGUGCUAAAAUUCCCAGAGUUUAUUGAAGCCAUUUGUCCAAUGGACCGAGUAGCCGUGGCGGAGCAGCAGCGCACGGAUGUGAGGAUGUUCCAGAACUUUUCAAAAAUGGCGUAUUGCAGAUACUGUCCGCAUGCAGGAAUAAGUUUCCGAUACCAUCUGGAAUUUUUUCCGGGAAAAACAUGUAUGCACAGAGACUUCUGCAUCAGGUGCAACAAGGUGUUUACCUGCGACCAGUUGAUCGUUCCGCACUCGUGUCUUAAAAGUUUGGUCCAUUCAAUCGAGCUGAUCGAUCCGACCAAAAGAGCUGCACUCCAAUUUGCUUCACUUCUACCUACAAACAAUCUCCUGGACCGUGCUUGGAAGGCUACAACUAUGAUUAACCUCAGCAACCACACCCGCGACAUCAACUGGAAGGAUGUUCCAGCAGGGACUAUCUUCGUUGUCAUCAUGCCUUGCUGCGCGAAUCGUGAGAAAAAAAUUCCAAGGCUUGAUUUGUAUGAGAAGUUAGAGUACAAAAAUUGCGUCAACGACUUCUUUGCAUCCGGAUAUAAAUGUGUUUGGACGGAGGGUACUAAGAAAGUUAUUUCAAUAAUGUUUCCGAAGUGCUCAGUAGUGAUGGAAACUAAUCCAGAAGCUGGCGGAAUCCAGGAAGCCUACCAGGAGUUCCAGAAGUUGGAUGGACUAUACCUAUGUCCUGACUGCUCGUACCGAUCACCAAAACUUGGUAUGAUGAAAAAACACAAGAAGAAAUACAAAAAUUGUGCAUCAAUGCCACGCUGCUCAACCUGCCAUCGACUUCUUCCAUGCUCGUCCAGUGGUCGUCAUAUCUGUAGAAAAGUACCUGACGAACGUAGAGACUGUGAGCGAUGUGGCCGUGUUUUUAGUAAUAACCAUGUACUAAAACGACAUCUGGCACACAAUGGAGUAAUGUGUAGUUUAAACAGCAUGAAGCAGCGAGAAGGCGAGGGGCAGGUUAUAUUUACAUUUGAAAUCCCAUCAUUGCCUGAUUGCCAUACUCCAACGGGCUUCGAGAAUGCGCUACUCCCCAGCCCUGCUUGGCAGAACCAGGACGCGGCCGAUGAUGGUCAGCCCGAGAUGGUCAUGCCCGAGAGCGAGGAGCAGGAACUGCAGGAAGAGGCAGAGUCGAAGCUCAAACACGAGGUCAUCAGCGCCGCCGACCUGGCCGCCGCCACCCCAGUCAACAUCAUCCGCACCGAUGUAAUCGCCGCGCCACAUCCGCAAACUCAAACCCCCGCCGCACCCGCCAGCCUUCCCAAGCACGAACCCGUCGGAACGCCAGCAACGACGCCCGCCAAAACCUUCGUCGAACAAGUUGAACCGACUUCAGUCGAGUCGGUCAGUUCGAGCCAGGUGACGCAACCAACGGAUCAGGGCAAGCAGACCGAGGAAGAGCACGAGACUUACGAGACCGAGGUGUACGAGGACGAUAACGACGACUCGGAGAUUGUGUACGAGAUUCAGAGUGCCGCCGCCACCCCAGUCAACAUCAUCCGCACCGAUGUAAUCGCCGCGCCACAUCCGCAAACUCAAACCCCCGCCGCACCCGCCAGCCUUCCCAAGCACGAACCCGUCGGAACGCCAGCAACGACGCCCGCCAAAACCUUCGUCGAACAAGUUGAACCGACUUCAGUCGAGUCGGUCAGUCCGAGCCAGGUGACGCAACCAACGGAUCAGGGCAAGCAGACCGAGGAAGAGCACGAGACUUACGAGACCGAGGUGUACGAGGACGAUAACGACGACUCGGAGAUUGUGUACGAGAUUCAGAGUGCCGCCGCCACCCCAGUCAACAUCAUCCGCACCGAUGUAAUCGCCGCGCCACAUCCGCAAACUCAAACCCCCGCCGCACCCGCCAGCCUUCCCAAGCACGAACCCGUCGGAACGCCAGCAACGACGCCCGCCAAAACCUUCGUCGAACAAGUUGAACCGACUUCAGUCGAGUCGGUCAGUCCGAGCCAGGUGACGCAACCAACGGAUCAGGGCAAGCAGGACCAGGACAAAAUUUGGAAGAGGACUCGGAAGAAGCGCGCCAAGACCGGUGUUCCGAUUGCUACUGCGACCGACUUGAGCCUCGCGGAGAGCAAACUGAGCAUAUCAACGCACGCUCGUAGCCUCUUGCGAUCGCGCUCGGUGAUCCCGCAACCAACGGAUCAGGGCAAGCAGUACGAGAACGAUAACGACGACUCGGAGAUUGUGUACGAGAUUCAGAGUGCCGCCGCCACCCCAGUCAACAUCAUCCGCACCGAUGUAAUCGCCGCGCCACAUCCGCAAACUCAAACCCCCGCCGCACCCGCCAGCCUUCCCAAGCACGAACCCGUCAGAACGCCAGCAACGACGCCCGCCAAAACCUUCGUCGAACAAGUUGAACCGACUUCAUUCGAGUCGGUCAGUCCGAGCCAGGUGACGCAACCAACGGAUCAGGGCAAGCAGACCGAGGAAGAGCACGAGACUUACGAGACCGAGGUGUACGAGGACGAUAACGACGACUCGGAGAUUGUGUACGAGAUUCAGAGUGCCCAACCGGGCAAAGACACCAAAGAGGAUCUGCUCGGCAAAACCAAAAUGGUCUGCAAAAGCCACAACGUGUCCGCUUCGAUGACCCACAUCGGACCCAAGGAGGAAAUCAUCUUCGAAAUCACCGACGCCAACACGGUCGUCGCGAAGCGCAAACACGAGGUCAUGAGCGCCGCCGACCUGGCCGCCGCCAUCCCAGUAAAGAUCAUCCGCACCGAUGUAAUCGCCGCGCCACAUCCGCAAACUCAAACCCCCGCCGCACCCGCCAGCCUUCCCAAGCACGAACCCGUCGGAACGCCAGCAACGACGCCCGCCAAAACCUUCGUCGAACAAGUUGAACCGACUUCAGUCGAGUCGGUCAGUCCGAGCCAGGUGACGCAACCAACGGAUCAGGGCAAGCAGGACCAGGACAAAAUUUGGAAGAGGACUCGGAAGAAGCGCGCCAAGACCGGUGUUCCGAUUGCUACUGCGACCGACUUGAGCCUCGCGGAGAGCAAACUGAGCAUAUCAACGCACGCUCGUAGCCUCUUGCGAUCGCGCUCGGUGAUCCCGCAACCAACGGAUCAGGGCAAGCAGUACGAGAACGAUAACGACGACUCGGAGAUUGUGUACGAGAUUCAGAGUGCCGCCGCCAUCCCAGUAAAGAUCAUCCGCACCGAUGUAAUCGCCGCGCCACAUCCGCAAACUCAAACCCCCGCCGCACCCGCCAGCCUUCCCAAGCACGAACCCGUCAGAACGCCAGCAACGACGCCCGCCAAAACCUUCGUCGAACAAGUUGAACCGACUUCAUUCGAGUCGGUCAGUCCGAGCCAGGUGACGCAACCAACGGAUCAGGGCAAGCAGACCGAGGAAGAGCACGAGACUUACGAGACUUACGAGGUGUACGAGGACGAUAACGACGACUCGGAGAUUGUGUACGAGAUUCAGAGUGCCCAACCGGGCAAAGACACCAAAGAGGAUCUGCUCGGCAAAACCAAAAUGGUCUGCAAAAGCCACAACGUGUCCGCUUCGAUGACCCACAUCGGACCCAAGGAGGAAAUCAUCUUCGAAAUCACCGACGCCAACACGGUCGUCGCGAAGCGCAAACACGAGGUCAUGAGCGCCGCCGACCUGGCCGCCGCCAUCCCAGUAAAGAUCAUCCGCACCGAUGUAAUCGCCGCGCCACAUCCGCAAACUCAAACCCCCGCCGCACCCGCCAGCCUUCCCAAGCACGAACCCGUCGGAACGCCAGCAACGACGCCCGCCAAAACCUUCGUCGAACAAGUUGAACCGACUUCAUUCGAGUCGGUCAGUCCGAGCCAGGUGACGCAACCAACGGAUCAGGGCAAGCAGACCGAGGAAGAGCACGAGACUUACGAGACCGAGGUGUACGAGGACGAUAACGACGACUCGGAGAUUGUGUACGAGAUUCAGAGUGCCCAACCGGGCAAAGACACCAAAGAGGAUCUGCUCGGCAAAACCAAAAUGGUCUGCAAAAGCCACAACGUGUCCGCUUCGAUGACCCACAUCGGACCCAAGGAGGAAAUCAUCUUCGAAAUCACCGACGCCAACACGGUCGUCGCGAAGCGCAAACACGAGGUCAUGAGCGCCGCCGACCUGGCCGCCGCCAUCCCAGUAAAGAUCAUCCGCACCGAUGUAAUCGCCGCGCCACAUCCGCAAACUCAAACCCCCGCCGCACCCGCCAGCCUUCCCAAGCACGAACCCGUCAGAACGCCAGCAACGACGCCCGCCAAAACCUUCGUCGAACAAGUUGAACCGACUUCAUUCGAGUCGGUCAGUCCGAGCCAGGUGACGCAACCAACGGAUCAGGGCAAGCAAGACCAGGACGAGGCCGAAAACCUGCAGCCCCUCAGCUCGUAUUCCCGUUGUGAAAAGUACCCCUGGUACCAUGGCUCAAUCUCGCUAAACGCAUCAGUACGACUGCUCAGUUCUGGCAUCAACGGAAGCUUCCUAGUGCGCGAUAGUGAAAGCUCACCUGGUCAGCGCAGUAUCAGUCUGCGGUACGAAGGACGCGUCUACCACUACCGUAUAUCUGAGGACUCGAAUAGAAAAGUGUACCUAAAUGCAGAAGCUAAAUUCAACACACUCGCUGAGCUAGUCCAUUACUACAGCGUCCUGCACAAGGGCCAUGGACUGAUUACGGCCUUUCUAUACCCGGUACCAAAGGAACAACAUCCCACGGUGUUCCCCUCGAGUCCCGAGCCGGACGAGUGGGAAAUAUGCCGGACGGACUUCAUGAUAAAGCAGAAGAUAGGCGGUGGUCACUACGGUGAAGUGUUCGAAGCAAUGUGGAAACGGUGCGGUAAAACGGUGGCGGUCAAGACGUCGAAGGACCCAAAGGCGCUGAUCAAGGAAGCGGCCAUAAUGAAGGAUUUGAAGCAUCCAAACCUUGUACAGCUGAUGGGUGUGUGCACGCGCGAACCUCCGUAUUACCUUAUCAUCGAGUCGAUGAGCCACGGUAACCUAGUCGACUUCUUGCGCUCGGCGGCGGCGGCCGUGCCACUGUUGUACAUGGCCACUCAGAUCGCGUCCGGUAUGAACUACUUGGAGAACCGCAAAAUUAUCCACCUCGAUCUAGCGGCACGAAAUUGUCUUGUUGGUGAUAACUACCUUGUCAAGGUGGCCGACUUCGGACUGGCCGUAUUGAUGCAAGACGACUCGUACUCGGCCCAUACCGGCGAUAAGUUCGCGAUCAAGUGGACCGCCCCGGAGGGCUUAGCGCAUAACAAAUUCAGCCCUAAAUCGGAUGUGUGGGCGUUUGGUGUACUGCUGUGGGAGAUUGCAACGUACGGAAUGUUGCCGUACCCAGGGAUCGAUCGGACCGAAUUGUACCACCAGCUGGAAUCGGGCUAUCGGAUGGAGCGACCCCAGGGAUGCACGCAAGAAGUAUACGAGCUGAUGCGAAAGUGCUGGCAGUGGAACUUUCAGGACAGGCCAACCUUCAAAACCAUACUCCACGACUUAGAACACAUGGUGCAGGCGGAACAGCAAAAACAAGUCGACGAUAACAACAAUAAUGUCGAGGUCGAGGUGGUUGAUAAGCAGGUUCAAGUAGAACAACAAUUGAACAGUUGGGUCAGAAGUAGCGGUAAACGAGAACAUGUAUGUGAGUGUGGAGUUACAAUGAAAAAAAAAGAGAACUUGAACGAACAUAUAAGAAACGUCCAUUUAGGCAUAAAAUCAUACGUUUGUUCGGUGUGCGGACUAGCAGUAGACUAUAGAACCAGCCUAAAUCAUCAUUUAAAAACCCACACAAAACCAUACGCGUGUGAAUGGCCCAGAUGUGGACGAAAAUUUAGCCAGCUGCAACAGAAACGCCGGCAUGAAAAAGUGCACGUGAAAGGCGAGGAGGACGACAUGGACAUGGAUGAUGAGGAGGACCUCAGCGCCACCACCACCAAGGAAACCGGCGACGGCAGCUCGACGGUCACAAACGACGAUCUGAUCCAGCGGCAGAAGGCCAUCGAAAAGGGGGAAGCGGAAGAGUCUGCGACAAAAACGUCUACCAAGAAAAAGGAGGACAAGAAGGAAGAAGAUCUUUCGGGCAGUAGCAGCAGCCGACAAGAAGGAAAGGACGAAGAGCUUGAGCCGUCGAACAAGAAGGUUCAAGUCGAAGCCGGAAACGCCAAAGAGAAGAAAGAAGAGCCAGUUGUGGAGGAGGCGAAGCCGGAUUCUGUGCCGGAGGAGAAAUCCUAACCAGAACCGGAAAAGCCUAAGCAAGAAGAUAAGCCAGCUGUCGAAGAAAGCGUCAAAGCAGAGGAAGAAUCGCCAAAGGAGGGCCGGGCCUUAUGAGACAAUUCUAGAUUUCAAUGUUAUUAAAUAUAUCAAAUACAAACUUAAAAUCAAUAUUGUUUUACCCUUA